GGCGCUCUUAGUACAAACUUUACGUGUCUUCCGGUGGCUGCUUGGCUCCUCGAGCGCACUAAAGUCAACAGUGGAGCAGACACGAAGGAGGCGAAGGCUGGGCUUCCACUGGCCCCGAAUACGGUUUUUUUUUUAAAUGGUGGGUGCAAGGUAACCUGCUCAGAAAUCGCCACGAUGCCUGAACCAGAAGACACGCUUAACCUGGGCUUCCUGUCGGAGUCUGAGCGGGAACUGAUCAUGGAGGUGCUGAAGAGAGAUGAAGAACUGAGGCAGGCUGAAGAGCACAGAGUGAGGAAGCUGAAGACAGAGCUGCAGGAAGUGAAGAGGAAAGGGGCCAAACGUGGAAGUGGGAAUUACAGUGAGCACAGUUGUGGACGCUGUCUGAAACCACUGAGUCGACUCAACACAUUGUCGAGCCAAUGUCAGAUAUGCAAACACAUCGUCUGCAGAAACUGCCGCACGACAUACCCGAAUGGAUCGUGGCUGUGUAACGUAUGCUGCAAAGAGUCGGAGCUGAAGAAGUGCACAGGUGACUGGUUCUACAAUCAGAAUGUGAACCGCUACUGCACACUGCCGGGUCACCAGCUGGUGAAGAGUUCGCUGAAAGGACAGCCUCCAUCAAGGAAACCUGAAACAGCGGGAGAAAUGUUGCUGAAAAGUGUGGAGGCCACCGCUCCACCACCCUCCCCCGGCCCGCCCUCACAUAUCCCUCCGUCUCCUGUUCCACGACCCAGACCCCGCAAACCUACGAACGUCACGAGUAAACCCAACAUGGGUUCGAUAGCUUCCAGAGGGUCGCUUGAGUCAAACACCUCAUCUAAGAAGUCACUCAGUGAUGCAGAAAACAUCAGUCUGAGCAGCAGCAACUCUGGACGUGGCACCUCUCACACUGGAAGAGGAGCGACUGGCUCUGUUCCCUCCAGCCCAACGGGAUCCAGUGUUUCCAGUCUCACUGUACCGGUUGCUGCAGAAACCAUCAGCCUGCGCAGCUCCAGUUCUGAGGCAAACUCUGUCCCAGAGGAGAAAGGAAUGAGUCCAGAGCCGGAGUUGGAAGUUGAUAGACUUUUCAAAAAGAGCAUCAAGCGAGUCAAACUCCCUGCGGAAUCCAUAUCGACUGUGGACCUACGUGAAGAACAGAAUGAUGUUGACGUGGCUCUGGGUCACAGAAGUCACUCUGUUCCUGACUUAAUGGAGCAGGAAGAGGAAUACCUAGAGGAGGAUGAAGACAUCGACAGCCUGGUGAACUUUCACAAAAAGAAGAUGGCUUUGAGUUCCUCCAGCCUGCACAGCUCUAGAAGCGCGCUGGGCAGUCUGAUGAGCAUCUACAGUGAAGCCGGAGACUACGACUGCGUGGACGUGAGCGGCGACAUUGUCUUCUCCAUGAAUUAUGAUGAACACUCCAAGUGCCUGCUCAUCUUCAUCAAGGAAUGUCGCAACCUGGCAUUUGGAGACGCCAGCCGUCAGCUUUCCAAUCCAUAUGUGAAAUGUUACCUCCUCCCGGACAAAUCUCGCCACAGCAAGAAGAAGACGAGCAUCAAGAGGAACACCAUCAACCCGGUCUAUAAGGAAACGCUAAAGUAUUCCAUCAGUCGCUCCAAGCUGCUCACACGAACCCUGUCCAUAUCCGUGUGGCAUCAUGGGCGGCUCAGCCGAAACGCUUUCCUGGGAGAAGUGGAGCUGCCUCUGGACUGCCGAGACCUAGACUCGCACCAGGAGGACUGCAUGGCCCUGAUGAAUAAGGCUCCCACCAGUGUUCCAGUCUCAGCUUUCAUCCAGUACAAAGGCGAGCUGGUGAUUUCCUUGAAGUACGUCUCGCCCAGACCUCUUAAAAGUGAGAAAACCAAAGGUAAAAAGUCACACGAGGAUGGCGGUGAGCUCCACGUUCUGAUUAAAGAGGCGAGGAAUUUGAUGGCCAUGAAAGUGGGCGGGUCGUCGGACAGUUUCGUCAAAGGGUAUCUGUUCCCAAUAACAGCCAAGUCCACCAAGCAGAAGACCCCAGUGGUGAAGAAGAGUUUGAACCCUCAUUAUGACCACACCUUUGUCUACAAAGAGGUGGACCUCGAGCAGCUGAGGUUCAUGUGUCUGGAGCUAACCGUGUGGGACAAAGAGGCCAUGCUGAGCAAUGAGUUCCUGGGCGGAGUUCGGCUCAGCACCGGCUGCGGAUUUGUGAAAAUAGGAAAAGACGAUGUGGAAAUGGACUCGGUUGGAGAGGAGGUCAGUCUGUGGGAGAAGAUGAUGCAGUUCCCAAACUCGUGGGCAGAGGGCACUCUAGCACUGCGCUCCUCCAUGGGGAAGUACAAGUGAAGACCGGAGUGAUGGAGUCCAGCUUCUGGGUCAGGAACAAAUAUUUAACUCUCAAAUGGGACAAACAGCUGCGGGCCUUUUAGAAGCUUCGACUGUCUGCUCACAUCUGCCUCCCAGAUAUGUGCCAACACAACACUAAUCUCCCACAAAAUAAGCCAUUUCGCCUCAACACAUCACAUCGCAUUCAGGUCGUUGCACACCAAGAAUUGCUCUUCAGAAACAAGUCGUCAUUCCCAUGUUUAUCAAUGUCAAAGCGCAGAAUUCAGCAUUCACUGUGGUUAUAUGCACAAACAUAUUUAUAAGUCAAUGAAAGGUUAUUGAAGUUACUCAAUGUAUAUUUUGCUUGAGGUUUUAACAGUUGACUCCUUUAUGGGGUGAUUGGAGUAAAUAUUCAACUCAAUAAAACGGAUUUUAAAUGGAAAGUACACCAUUUCUUUAAAAUUGUUUUCUUUAUUGUGAUUAUUGAAAUGAGGGAUUUAAUCCAACCUUUAGUUAGAGCUCAAAAGUGUUACGUUGUGUAAAGUGACAUGCUGCGUUUCUUGAACAUUUUGGUUCGAAUGAACUCGUUCCUGUUUCACUCUGCUGUGGUCUUCUAACAUAUUGAUGUAAUUCAUGUCUCAGAGGCCCAACAUGGUCAGCACCAGUCAUGACUCUUAGUCGUCCAUUUCAGC